CGCGUUUAAAAGGACUAUAUGUGGUGCAUUCCAUGUCAUAUCCUACAGUCUCUAUGUUGACCUAGUCUGAUCGACCUCGGUCUCAAGCAUACGAGCUGGAUUCCUGUCGCCCUAUACGCAUAACUUGUCCACCGCUGAUUCAGUGACAGCGCACAGCGCAGUACUUAUCCAAGACAUUGCAGAGAUGGCGGCGAAGAAUGUAAUCAGAAGAGCCAUGCUCUACGUGCCUGGCUCCUCACAACGAUUUCUCGACAAGUCCCGGAGUCUGAAUGUCGACUGCGUUGCCUACGACCUCGAAGAUAGCGUCACUCCUGGUCGAAAAGCCGAAGCCCGAACACUUGUGCGCAAAGCCUUGGACCAGGAAAUCCCUAACGGUAUUAAAGAGCGCGCCGUGCGCAUCAACAGCGUGGGUUCAGGGCUGGCUCUUGCAGACUUGGAAGAGGUGGUUAAAUCCAAGAACUUGACCACCCUGGUCGUGCCCAAGGUCGAGUCCGCCAGUGACAUGACCUUUAUCAGCGAUGUUCUAGCCCAUGCACGGCCAAAGGAACUUGCGGAUCAAAAUGGACAGAUAAAUGUCAUUGCAUUGAUCGAAAGUGCCAAAGCUCUGAUCAAUCUAAAUGAGAUUUGUCGUGCUGCUCCCCAUCUGCUGCAGGGGCUGACUUUCGCCGCCGAAGACUUCGCUCUAGACAUGAGUAUCACGCGCACACCAUCUCUGACCGAGUUCCUCUACGCCCGACAGAUGAUCGCCACAGCUGCGAGGGCAUACAACCUUCCCAGUACCAUUGACUUGGUUGCCACGGCUUUCCGGUCCGAGGCUGACCAAGAAAGCCUAGUCAGAGAGUGCGAGGAAGGCAAGGGCAUGGGCUAUAAUGGGAAACAAUGUAUUCAUCCCAGCCAGGUCGCCACAGCGCAGUCCAUCUUUAGCCCAAGCCAGAAGGAGGUGGAGUGGGCGGUGAGGAUCACCAUUGCACAAAAGAGGGCCGAAGAGCAAGGGAAAGGCGCGUGGGCUAUGGAUGGAAAAAUGAUUGACGCCCCAGUCGAGGGCAAGGCGCGGGCCAUUGUCCUCAGAGCAGAAGCAUGCGGCUUUGACGUCCAAACUCUAAAAGACAAGUUCAAAGAUCAACAGCCGGAAUGAUGAACUUCAGCUGUUGACUCGUCCCCAUUGUGAACAUGUUUGUAUAUAGGCUGCCAUUGCUGUUGAAAGCGAGGCGUCGUGAUAAGGCUCCUUUUGAGCAAAAAAGAUAAACUCCA